GCGCGCCUGCGUGCGUGGCCAGCGCGCCUCAGCGCCCCGCGCGUCUGUCUGGCUUCCUUGCUUAAUUUUCCUUGGCGGGAUUAAAGUUGGAAAUCAAGCCGAGGAGAGAGUUCGCAAACCAAGCCGCGGCUGUCUCCAGAGCGAUGUUCCCGCAGAGCCGGCACCCUACGCCGCACCAGGCUGCAGGCCAGCCCUUCAAGUUCACAAUCCCCGAGUCCCUGGACCGGAUUAAAGAGGAAUUCCAGUUCCUGCAGGCGCAGUAUCACAGCCUUAAAUUGGAAUGUGAGAAAUUGGCAAGUGAAAAGACAGAAAUGCAGAGACACUAUGUGAUGUAUUAUGAAAUGUCAUAUGGAUUAAACAUUGAAAUGCAUAAACAGACUGAAAUCGCCAAGAGAUUGAAUACCAUUUGUGCACAAGUCAUCCCAUUUCUGUCUCAGGAACAUCAACAACAGGUGGCCCAGGCUGUUGAACGAGCCAAACAAGUGACCAUGGCAGAGCUGAAUGCCAUCAUCGGGGUACGUGGCCUACCAGGUCUACCUCCUACACAGCAGCAGUUGCAAGCUCAGCAUCUCUCUCACGGCCAUGGACCCCCAGUACCUCUAACGCCUCACCCUUCUGGACUCCAGCCUCCUGGCAUCCCACCCCUCGGAGGCAGUGCUAGCCUUCUAGCACUGUCUAGUGCUCUGAGUGGGCAGUCUCACUUGGCAAUAAAAGAUGACAAGAAGCACCACGAUGCAGAGCGCCACAGAGACAGAGAGCCGGGCACGAGUAAUUCCCUCUUGGCCCCAGACACUCUAAGAGGCACAGAUAAACGCAGAAAUGGCCCGGAGUUUUCCAGUGACAUCAAAAAAAGAAAGGUGGAUGAUAAGGAUUCUAGCCACUAUGACAGUGAUGGUGACAAAAGUGAUGACAAUUUAGUUGUGGAUGUGUCUAAUGAGGACCCUUCUUCUCCACAUGCAAGUCCUGCCCACUCACCCCGAGAAAAUGGGAUUGACAAAAACCGCCUGCUGAAGAAAGAUGCUUCAGGCAGCCCAGCAUCCACGGCCUCCUCAGGAAGCUCCUCAUCACUGAAAUCCAAAGAACUGAGCUUGCAUGAAAAAGCCAGCACGCCUGUUCUGAAAUCCAGCACACCAACACCUCGUAGUGACAUGCCAACACCGGGCACCAGUGCUACUCCAGGCCUCCGUCCAGGCCUUGGCAAGCCUCCAGCCAUGGAACCCCUUGUCAACCAAGCAGCAGCUGGCCUGAGGACACCCCUAGCAGUGCCUGGCCCAUACCCUGCCCCCUUUGGGAUGGUGCCCCAUGCGGGCAUGAACGGUGAAUUGACUAGCCCAGGCACUGCCUAUGCUGGUCUGCACAGCAUGUCUCCACAGAUGAGUGCUGCCGCUGCUGCUGCUGUUGUAGCCUAUGGGCGCUCCCCAAUGGUUGGUUUUGACCCUCCUCCCCACAUGAGAGUACCUUCCAUUCCCCCAAAUCUGGCAGGAAUCCCUGGGGGAAAACCUGCAUAUUCCUUCCAUGUUACUGCAGACGGCCAGAUGCAACCUGUCCCCUUUCCCCCGGAUGCCCUCAUUGGACCUGGAAUUCCCCGACAUGCUCGGCAGAUCAACACUCUCAACCACGGGGAAGUGGUGUGUGCAGUGACCAUCAGCAACCCCACGAGGCACGUGUACACAGGAGGCAAGGGCUGCGUCAAGGUCUGGGACAUCAGCCACCCUGGCAACAAGAGCCCCGUCUCUCAGCUGGACUGUCUGAAUAGAGAUAACUAUAUCCGUUCCUGUAAAUUGCUACCUGAUGGUUGUACUCUCAUAGUGGGAGGGGAAGCAAGUACUCUGUCCAUCUGGGACCUGGCUGCUCCCACCCCUCGCAUCAAGGCGGAGCUGACUUCCUCAGCCCCCGCCUGCUACGCCCUGGCCAUCAGUCCUGACUCCAAGGUCUGCUUCUCAUGCUGCAGUGAUGGAAACAUUGCCGUAUGGGACCUGCACAACCAGACCCUGGUGAGGCAAUUCCAGGGCCACACAGAUGGAGCCAGCUGUAUUGACAUUUCUAAUGAUGGCACCAAGCUCUGGACGGGUGGUUUAGACAACACAGUCAGGUCCUGGGACCUGCGCGAAGGGCGGCAGCUGCAACAGCAUGACUUCACCUCACAGAUCUUCUCUCUGGGAUACUGCCCAACAGGGGAGUGGCUGGCUGUGGGCAUGGAGAGCAGCAAUGUGGAAGUCCUGCAUGUAAACAAACCUGACAAGUACCAGCUGCAUCUCCAUGAGAGCUGUGUGCUGUCCCUAAAAUUUGCUUAUUGUGGUAAGUGGUUUGUAAGUACUGGAAAAGACAACCUCCUCAAUGCGUGGCGGACCCCAUAUGGAGCCAGCAUAUUCCAGUCCAAAGAGUCCUCAUCAGUGCUUAGCUGUGACAUCUCUGUGGAUGAUAAAUACAUAGUCACUGGCUCAGGAGACAAAAAGGCUACAGUUUAUGAAGUCAUCUACUGAAAACAUCAUGUGAUUUGGUUUAACAUUUAUAGUUGAAUUGGGCCAAAAUGUUUGAAUUUGUAGAAAUAGAGAAGUUGUAACUUUAAAAGAAAAACCUGAAGAAACCUGUUUUCAAACCUUGACACCGAACUACUUGGUUUCUCCAAAGAGGAAGCAACAAGCAAACAGUCAUCUGUCUACCCACCAAGACCAAAUGGAGCACCAUGAUCAUGGACAGAGGCACCAGCGGUAUGAGUGAGGAAUGGAGUCAGCUCCUAGUGGCUUUGUCGUUCACUCCGUGCCCAAGUGUGAGCUUACCGUCUUUCCCUUGCGGUUCACCCAGCGUUGCAUCCUUCGUAGAGCAGUGGUGUCUCCAAUGAACUUGUUUCCUGGUUUUACAUCUUGUGAAAUAUUUUUUUUUUGUAUUUUUGUUGGGAGUUAAACAUUUGUAUAAAUUGUAAAUACAUCUGGUUUAUUACAGUAAAGCCUUUAGUACCAGGAAGUGGCUCUCCUUCUGGAUUGUUCUAUCAGAGCUUUGGGAUUAUGGGUUGGGGUUUAUAAGUAAAGUCCAAACACACAUUGGUGGAAAUAACUUUUUAAAAAAACAUUGGCAUGUAAAUAUGUAUGUGGUGUGCAUAUGUGGUUUUGUAUAUGUAUAGACAUGUGUGGGUACACAUGGAAGCCAGAGGUCAAUGUUGGGUGUGUUCUUCAAUCACUAUCCACUUUGAUUUUUUGGGGGGUGGGGGCGUUUCCAGGUAGGGUCUCACUCUAGUCCAGGCUGACCUUGAAUUCACUCUGUAGUCACAGGGUGGCCUCGAAUUCAUGGCGAUCCUCCUACCUCUGCCUCCCUAGUGCUGGGAUUAAAGGCGUGCGCCACCACGCCCGGCUCCACUUCAAUUUUUGAGACUGUCUUUCCCUGAACCUGGAGCUCACCAGUUCUGCUAGGCUGGCUAGCCAGCAAGCCUGAGGUAUCUGCCUGCCUCUUUCUCCUGGGAUCACAGGCAUACAUCACCAUGCCAAGCUUUUACAUGGUUGUUGGUAUUUCAAACUUAGGUUUUUAUGCUUGCACAGCAAACAUUUUAUCCACGGAACCAUCUCCCCACUGGAGAUAUUUUUAUAUGUACUUCUUAUUUAACAAAUACAUUUGGCCAUGGAUAUCUGCUGUAUUAAAACUAUACCUAUUGAGUACUUCUGAGUUAUCAGAAACUCAAGACUAAGAAUUAUAAGUAAAGUUUAUAAAUGACAGUUUUAAUUUAGGAAGCUAAGAUUAUUUCAGGACGCAUCCUUUAUUAUGAGAGUUUUGUGAUUAAAGAUCACAAAUUGCUAUUGUUUCUAUUUUGUUUCAUUUUUAGAAAUGGGGUUUAACUCCAUAGCACAGAGUGGCCCAGAAAUCUCGUAAGUAGCCCAGAUUGAACUCAAACUCCUUGUUGCAGUCCUUCUGCCUUACUCUCUCAAGUGCUAUGAUUACAAGUGUGCGCCACUAUGCCCAAUUUUUUUCUUUUGUUGUUUAUUUAUUUCAUUAGCAUACAAAAUAACGAAACCCAUUUUCAUACAUACAGAUUGUACUUUGCUUAUAUUUGCCUCAUUUGGUAUUUUCUCCUGCCCUCCGCUUUCUUCAUACCACCCCCCCAAAUCUUGCCCCCUGCUUUCUGUCACAUAUAUGUAUGUGCCUGUGUGUAGUUAAAUCGAAAUUCCACAUAGGAGAGAAAAUAUAAAGUGAUGAUUUUUUUUCUUCAGGAUCACAAGUUAAAGCUGAUAAUCCAUUCCUGAUAAAUCACUGGAAGAGGGAAUCUCUUUUUUUCUAGGAAAGUCCAGUUUUCAAAUGUGUUUUCUUUUUCUUCACAACUUAUGUGUUUUAGGAAAUGUAGAUGACUUGGCUUUUGUGUUAGAAUUUAUGAUGCCCAGGAAGUUAUAGAGGUCACUUCCUUAUAGGAGUGAGGUGGAAAGUCACAUAAUUUUUGUCUUCAUUAACGCUUGAUUUAUUAUGUUCAUUUGCUUACCCCAGUACUCCUUUCCCCACUCUUCUCAUGAAUGCUAUCUUUGCAGCCCCCACCAUUGCAAGCUCUCAUUAAAAUUUUGUCUUUUUUCUUCGACAA